ACCUCUUUACUGAGCGUUUCCUUUAAAGAAACAUUAAGGCGAAACGUUUUUAAUGUUUUGUAUAAAUUCGGGAGGGCCCCCGAGAAUUACGGGGGGAACCAAAGGACGCGUGUUUCAGGGGGGCGGAAUUAAGCGUCGGACCGCCGGAGGUAGACUUCCGGUGCGGAGCGGAAGAGGGUGAGUGCCUAAGGACAGGGCUGCGUAGAGGUUACCGCCGAGUGUCGAGGGAGCUUCGGGCGAACAGCAGAGUGUUUGUGUGCGGACUGAGGCAGCGAAGCGCCGAGGAGCCGCCAUGGGAGCCCACCUCGCCCGCAGAUACGUCACGUCGCCCGACACGGAGCCGGACCCGCUGAAGUCGUCAGCCUUCGACCCGCAGCUCGGCUUCAGGGAGCGGAAGGAGAGAGAGAUGGUGGCGACACAGGAGCAGAUGAACCUGGCCCAGUUGCCCCUGGGGCAGCGCGACUACUGCGCUCACCACCUCAUGAAGCUCCUGAAGUGCAAGCGCGACAACUGGCCCAACUUCCUGGCCUGCAAACACGAGCGGCACGACUGGGACUACUGUGAGCACCAAGACUACGUGAUGCGGAUGAAAGAGUAUGAGAGGGAGCGUCGGCUGCUGAUGAGGAAGAAGAGGAUUGAGGAAGCUCGGGCUGCGUGAUCUUUCUCCUGCGGUUCAUGUACAUACCUUUUGCCCACAAUAAACCUUUAUUGUACCAUCA